AUGGUAGUAUGUGAAUUAGACAAAGAAGUUUCAGGGGAAAUACUGGGAAAGAAAUUACCAGUAUGGCAGGCGUUACUUCUCCAUCGGGUUUUGCCAUCUUGGGGAGGACUUGUUGUGUACAUGACAGUUAUUUGUUUCGAUAUGACUCUUAUUUACGAACAUUUCCGUAACGGUGAUGACGCACUUGCUGUUUUCUGCAUAAUUCUUAUGAGUUUUCCGGCUUUGCUAUCGUUGGUGUUCACGUUAGCAUCGCCACCACCAGGACUGCAAACAGAAAUGACCGCCUUUGAAAUGACGAUUGGGAAGAAUGACUUGAAAUGGAUUCUAAUGCAAAUUGUUAAUGCUAUAUUUUUUCCUAUUGCAGCUAUCGGUAGAUAUUGUUAUUUAAUAUUUUGGUGGACUGAAGGCGUCUUCGCCUCUUAUGCAGAAGAUGAAGAACGCAUAGAAGAAGCAUUGUUAUUUGCACGAGCGCCGUCAUCACUGGAGUUGUAUUUGUUCCUUCAAGCUUUCAUACAUUCAGCACCUCACGCAAUCGUUAACAUUUUAGAUCUAAUGUUGCGGUUUUCCGAUCCAGCAUUUGAUAAAGUUUCAGUUCAAGCAGUUAGUAUUAUCGCAUCGUGUAUGCGAAUGGCAAGCACGGCUACCUUAUACAGAAGAUUUGAACGAGAAAAAAUAUGUGGUCGUAAAUAUCCAUGGGGUAAUGCAGGGGAUGCUGAAAAGGAAAAUGUUAAAAACGAAGAGUUCGAAAAACGCAAUGAAGAUAAUAUUAUAUCCGAACAUAUUUACGUACCAAUUAAAAGACAAAGUAGUAGUUCUAAUAAAUCUACCGAUAGUAAAAAUGAGGUGAAUAAUGAUUUGAUCCAAUUCUCCCCACGCAAUUCAGAAAUGACCUCUUCGCUAAAUGAAGAUAGUGCAUUUGAUUCUGAUACAAGUUCAAACUACUUGUCGCCGAUUAUGUUACGUGAUGAAAAUACUGGGAGUGAUAACGAAUAUGUUCGUCCAAUAUCAGUUGUAGACAAAGUGGCCCCUCUAAGACAAAAGAGGGAAUAUGUUAUUGAAAAUGUUUAUGUGCCGCCGCCGCCAGCAAUGGAUGCGCCUAGACCUGGCUCGUUAGCACUCUGGGCAGAAAAAAUCGUUGAAAAUGCAGAAAAUAUUCCCACCUGGCUAUCAGCUCCACCCCGAAGAAAACAUUGGGAGGUAGUUCAAGAUGAGCCUGAUAUUCCACGUCGUGUUCCCAGAUCUUUCAUCCGUGGUCUCGAACCUCAAGAUAUAACAGCCGGCUUAGUUCAGUACUUGGGUUGGUACUCCUUCUUUGUAUCACGAUUGCUCUCUAUAUCCGCAUUUAUCAAUUUCUUUCCUUACGUGGCUAUUAUAAUUCUUUUCUCUCAUUAUCAAAUUAUGUUACUCUUUCUAAUAGUUCCACAGGCUAGCACAAUAAAGAGGGCAUUUUAUAUGUUUCUUGCUUUUAUCUAUUUAUUUUGUUUAAUGGAAUUUAAGAUACGCUUUAGACACGUGCGAGUGUGGCACGUGUUUUGGCUCAUAGCCUGUACCAUUGAGAACAUUAUUUUUAUAGCGUUGUGGGCAAGCAUUGAUAACUAUUUCGACAGUUGGUGGAGACGAUUUGUUGUGAUGGCAACUUUUGGUGGUAUGUUGUUAAGUUAUAUGUGUCUUCUAGUGUAUUUUGUGUUGUUAAAGCCAAGAGAAACCGUGGUUCCUAUUAAAAAUAGAAAAGUUAGUGGUAGUAAAGCUUUAUGA